AUGUCCGAAGAAGAAGAAGUGAAACACUUGGAUCAAGGUGCCAGAGUUAAUGGUAAAAACUGGAAAAUUGGAAAAGAUGCAUUUAGAGUUAAAAGUAUAGGUGUUAAAUCAACAUGGGCUAAAAAGCAAGAACAAAGACAAAAAGAUGAACAAAUCAAAGCAAAAUUAAAAGAAUUAAAACAAGAAAAAGAUGAAGAAAAAAGACAAAAAAUUCAAGCUAUAAAAGAUAAGAAAGCUAAAAAGGAAGAAAAGGAAAGAUAUCAAAAAUUAGCUGAAAAAAUGCAUGCUAAAAAAGUUGAAAGAAUGCGUAAAAGAGAGAAAAGAAACAAAUUACUUAAAGAUCGUUAA